GUGCCCACCAGGAUGUUCGACAACAUGUCCACCAUGGUGCACAUCAAGGAGGAGAAGUUGGAGAAGCUGACACAGGAUGAGAUCAUGUCCAAGACCAAGCAGGUGAUCCAAGGGCUGGAAGCGCUGAAGAAUGAGCACAACUCCAUCUUGCAGAGCCUCCUGCAGACUCUCAAAUGCCUGCACAAGGAGGAUGAGAGCAACCUGGUGGAGGAGAAGUCCAGCAUGAUCCGCAAGUCGCUGGACAUGCUGGAGCUGGGCCUGAGCGAGGCACAGGUCAUGAUGGCCCUGUCCAACCACCUCAAUGCUGUGGAGUCGGAGAAGCAGAAGCUGCGCGCACAGGUGCGACGCCUGUGCCAGGAGAACCAGUGGCUGCGUGAUGAGCUGGCAGGGACACAGCAGAAGCUGCAGAGGAGCGAGCAGGCCGUGGCACAGCUGGAGGAGGAGAAGAAGCACCUGGAGUUUAUGAACCAGCUCAAGAAAUACGACGACGACAUCUCGCCCUCUGAUGACAAAGACUCUGACUCCAGCAAAGAGACUCUGGAUGACCUUUUCCCCAACGAUGAUGACGACCCCGGGCAGGGAAUCCAGCAGCAGCACAGCAGCGCAGCGGCCGCUGCUCAGCAGGGUGGCUACGAGAUCCCUGCACGCCUGCGCACGCUGCACAACCUGGUGAUCCAGUACGCGUCGCAGGGCCGCUACGAGGUGGCCGUGCCGCUGUGCAAGCAGGCGCUGGAGGACCUGGAGAAGACAUCGGGCCAUGACCACCCCGAUGUGGCCACCAUGCUCAACAUCCUGGCGCUGGUGUACAGGGACCAGAACAAGUACAAAGACGCGGCCAACCUCCUCAACGAUGCCUUGGCCAUCCGAGAGAAGACGCUGGGCAGAGACCACCCUGCGGUGGCAGCGACACUCAACAACCUGGCAGUGCUUUACGGCAAGAGAGGGAAGUACAAGGAGGCUGAGCCGCUGUGCAAGCGGGCGUUGGAGAUCCGGGAGAAGGUCCUAGGGAAGGAUCACCCCGAUGUGGCCAAGCAGCUCAACAACUUGGCGCUGCUGUGUCAGAACCAGGGCAAGUAUGAGGAGGUGGAAUACUACUACCAGCGGGCGCUCGACAUCUACCAGGCCCGCCUGGGCCCUGACGACCCCAAUGUGGCCAAGACCAAGAACAACCUGGCAUCCUGCUACCUGAAGCAGGGGAAGUUCAAGCAGGCGGAGACACUCUACAAGGAGAUCCUGACGCGUGCGCACGAGCGUGAGUUUGGAUCCGUGGACGAUGAGAACAAGCCCAUCUGGAUGCAUGCUGAAGAGAGGGAAGAGAGCAAGGGAAAGCAGAAGGACGGGGCGUCAUUUGGAGAGUAUGGUGGCUGGUACAAAGCAUGCAAAGUGGACAGCCCAACUGUUACUACGACUUUAAAAAACCUAGGGGCUCUCUACAGACGUCAAGGCAAGUUUGAAGCUGCUGAGACCCUGGAGGAAGCAGCCAUGAGAUCAAGGAAACAGGUUUGUCAGGGCCUCGACACAGCCCACAAGCAGAAGGUGGCCGAGGUGCUGAAUGACGCGGAGCCCGAGGAGAAGGGGCGUGGCCGCGAGAGCGUGGACGUGGUCAAGUACGAGAGUGGCCCUGACGGAGGCGAGGAAGUGAGUAUGAGCGUAGAGUGGAACGGGGAUGGCUCUGGAUCUUUAAGGCGCAGUGGUUCCUUUAGCAAACUCCGCGCCUCCAUUAGACGCAGCAGCGAGAAGCUGGUUAGGAAGCUGAAGGGAGGAGGUGCCCGGGACAGUGACCCCAAGAACCCUGGCAUGAAGCGUGCCAGGUCCCUGAAUGUCCUUAACAUGGCCGGCCAGGCAGCUGGAGACCUCCCAAAAGUAAGGAGCCGCCCUGUCUCCCCGCUGCCUUGCCCAGCACCCCCUGCCCUGCCUGCGCCCGUGUCUGUAUUGCUCACCCGCGAGUGCCUGUUGGGCCUCCUUCCCCGCAAGCCUCUGUUCAGUCCUGCCUGGCUUCACUCACCCGCUGUCACUGUCGCAGGCCCCAAGCACCAUGCGGUUCAGGCCUCAUUGGUUCCACACCCACACAGCAGGCCUGGCCACUGGCCUUUAGACGUUACAUUGGUGUCUGGUGUUUGGUGCAACUCUUGGGGUGUGUCGGACCCUUCCUAGACCUGGCCCCCCAGGUAUCUCGGGGCUUCUGGAAACGAGGAGAAUCUGCAUGUGAAAAAUGUCCAGCUUGUGCCGUGUUGGCCCCAUGGACACUUGGGAGUGUGUGGCUGGUGGUGGGCGCCUGCUUUCCCGCUGCGUGACACUGGGCAUGGUGUGCUUCCCCCGUCGUUGGUGGGCGCCGGGUGGAGUCCCAGGCUGCUGGCUAUAACCUCCCAUCUGUUUUCUCAUGCAGGACCGAGGCCCUGGUCUUGCAGACUUACGAGCUCUGAGCGCCAGCCACACCGACCUGGCCCACUGCGGCCAGAGCUAGUGGGGCCCGGGAAGGAAGGCGGGCGGGGGCCCCUGCCCUGCCGGUCUCUCUCGUCAGGAGAGCCUGGCUGCAGCCCUCUCUGGCAGGGCUGUGUCCUGCCCACCUUUGACCACUUCCCUACCCAGACCCUUGGUUGGAGGCACGUCCCACUGUGGGGAGCCUGUCUCGAAAUGCAGUCCAGGCCCUUCACUCCACUCCUAUCUGUUCCAACCCUGUGCCCCAUCCUCCAGCUCUGGGGCAGGCAUAAUGUCACCAACGCUCAAGCCCUGGAAUCCGAGGCAGGGCUGACUUCCCAGAGGGUAUGAGGGGGGGACUCUUGGGGAGCCUCACCAAGGCUGGCUGACUGUGGGUGGUGGCCCUGGUGUUUGUGUGAGUCCCAGGCGUCCUCUCUUGGCUUUUGAGGUUCGGGUCACCAGGGCAGGCCUCACUUGAAGUAUGGCUCCCACAGCAUCUCCACUAGUACUGGGUUCUCCAUCCCUCCUGAGGGUGUUUCCUCACCCACUGUGGGCCUCUAGUUCCUUAUUCCUCGUCACUGUUUCUUGGGGGACCCGAAACUCAGGGGUCCAUGACUAAGACACAUCAGUGCUGGUCACCUUUUGGAGAGGUUCUGGGAACCCAGAACAGGCUGCAGGCACUGGGGAGGGCAAGGGCUGCAUUGUUGUCUGGGCAUGGGCCAGGCACAUGGUUUCUUCUGGGUUCCUAACAAUGCCAAGCAUGGGGGUUGGGUGUGAGGGACAGUGAAGUGUAUGUAUAUAUGUAUAUGGGUUAAAGGGGCCGAGGGACAGUGGAUAGUGUGUGUGGCUGAGGGGACAGCAGCUCAGGCCAGUGCUGGGGUCCAGCCAAUGCUAUUCAGGGCCUCCCUCGCUGGCCCGGGAAGCCACGACCCCAUUUUCCAUUGGAGCAGGGAGUUUGCUCAGGGCUGUGGCUUCACUGGGUGCUGUGGAAUGUUUUGGAAGGUGCAUAUGUGAGGCUGAGCAAGUCUGCCUGACUCUUGACCCUGAGGCACCUGGUCAGAGCGUGGCCAGUCCCCGGGCAUGGGCUUCGCUUUCUUCUGUGGAUGCAGUAGGAAUAUGGGUCCGAGGCUAUAGCAUCUCCUUGCACCUGAGACCUCAGUGACCACGGGGAGCACCUUGGCGCCGAGUCCUCAUACUGUAACGCCGAAAUAAAGCCUUUAUUGCGUGGUCA